CUGUGGAAACAAGAUAAUAAUCCUGGAAAUUCGAUGCGCAUACGUAUGUUGAGCAUACAGAUUUUUCUGAUGCAUGAUCAGCACGAGCACGAUUCAUUGUACAUAUAAACCAUGUCAAUUCUAUAAUUUAGUUAUUCUGGGAAAUCUGUUUUACUUAUCAUCUGCGAGAACUGGAGGAGGAGAGAAUGGCUGGGGACGCGACUGAACGACCACAUAGAAAGAGUACGUUACACGAAAAACGACGAGCAGAACGACGAACGAAGGCUAUUGUCGCAGAAUCAGAGGCGGCUUCUGAACCAACUGGAUCGCAAACUUUAUCAAUUGAUUCCAUAGCAAGAUUAAAUGAUUCCCUUGAGCGAGAGAAGAGGAGGGAGGAGAGGAGGAAAUCAAGAUCGCGACCACCAGUGAAGGAAGAUCAUGGACGAUCGAGGGAACGAGGUUCGCCCAGUAAAGAUAGAAGACGAAAAGAGCGCGGUUAUGCGACUGAGGAUUCUAGUUCGCCGAUUAAAAAUAGAAGGAGAGAACGCGAUUAUGAUGAGAUUCCUGGAUCACCAAGUAGAGAAAGAAGGAGACGAAACGAAUAUACCGAUGAUGAAUCUGGUUCGCCAAGAAAGGACAGAAGGAGACAAGAAAAGGGAUAUAACGAUGAUGAAUCUGGAUACCCUGGCAAAGAUGCGAAAUUUAGAGACGAAACAGCGGCAGAAACAGCUGCACGACUUCAAAAGCUGAGAAAGCAAAACGGCAUUUCCGAACCAAAACCAAAACUAAAGCCGAAGCCAAAUGCGCCGCGUAAAGAGGAACGGAGUUUGAAAAUACCAAACACAUAUACAGAUGACGAGACUAUCUAUGAGAAACCUCGGAAAGAGCCAAAAGGAAAGAAACGGAGAGUUGUUAGUGGAGCACUUUUGGAAGAAGGUGAAGGGGAGUUGAAGCAACGAAGAAUGUUUAGUGGCGCAGAACUGAAAAAUGAUCUGAGACAUCUGAAAGGGUUGAGAGGUGGAUAUGCGCCUACUGAAUCAAGCUAUCCUGACAAGUACAUCGAAAGCGACGAAGAUUUUAGAAAAAGGCGGAAACGUAUCUGGAUGGGAAUUGGCAUUGGCAUAGUAAUUUUGAUAAUUAUAAUAGCAGUUGCAGUAAGCGCCAGCAAAAAGCAUACAUCAAGUUCUUCCUCAUCUACAGCCCCUGCAACAGAAAGUGGAACUCCUUCAAAUUCAAAUCUUGAUGGGAUGUCAGAAAGUGAUAUCCCGGUUGCAGCCCAAGGAACAUAUUUGGACCCAUUUACAUGGUACGAUACAUUGGAUUUCAAUGUCACAUACACGAAUGAGACUGUUGGAGAUCUUCCGGUUAUGGGUUUGAAUACCUCAUACAGCGAUGAUGUAGCACCAAAUUCCAAGGCACCAAAGUUGUCUGCCGCGUGGGGAGCUUAUACUUCAAGACCAGCUAGAGGUGUCAAUUUAGGUGGCUGGCUUUCUAUCGAACCUUUCAUCACACCGUCCCUUUUCAACUCUUACUCAUCAGCUGAUGGAAUCAUUGAUGAGUGGACACUGACUACUAAAUUGGGUGCAACUGCGGCUGCAUCUACCCUUGAGAAACACUAUGCAACCUUCGUUUCCGAGCAAACAUUUGCCGACAUUGCCGCUGCUGGACUGGACCACGUUCGUAUCCCUUACUCGUACUGGGCUGUGAUAACCUACGAUGAUGACCCCUAUGUUUUCCGCACCUCAUGGCGUUAUCUCCUUCGUGGUAUAGAAUGGGCUCGCAAAUAUGGUCUUCGCAUCAACCUGGAUCUUCAUGCACUUCCUGGAUCUCAAAAUGGUUGGAAUCACUCCGGCCGUCAAGGAGCUAUUGGUUGGUUAAACGGAACUAAUGGCGACCUAAAUGCUCAACGCAGUAUCGAGAUUCACGAUCGGCUCUCUAAGUUCUUCGCUCAAGACCGCUAUAAGAACAUUAUUAGUUUCUAUGGCCUCGCUAAUGAACCUAGAAUGACAUCUCUUGACGUCAAUGAUGUCUUAAACUGGACAUCUACCGUCACUGACAUCGUCGUGAAGAAUGGUAUCUCCGCAUAUGUCGUUAUUGGAGACGGGUUCCGUGGACUCGAGAAUUGGCAGGGCGACUUGACAAGUUAUGAUAAUCUAAUCUUAGAUGUUCAUCAAUACGUCAUUUUCAAUAGCGGACAGAUUCUUUACAACCAUACAGAGAAAGUAAAUUAUGCUUGUAGUGGUUGGACUCAACAAACGGAGAUAUCUAUGAACACAAGUACAGGAUUUGGGCCCACGAUGGUUGCUGAAUGGUCUCAAGCCGAUACGGAUUGUGCGACCUUUCUCACGAAUGUCAAUCAAGGAAAUAGAUGGGAAGGAACAUAUGAUACCGGAGACUCAUCGACACAACAAACGACGCCAGAUUGUCCAACACAGGAUAGCACAUGUAGUUGUACCAAUGCGAAUGCAGAUCCAAGUACCUACAGUGAUACAUACAAGAGCUUUUUGAAAAUGUUUGCCGAAGCGCAGAUGUAUAGUUUCGAAUUAGGCUGGGGCUGGUUUUAUUGGACGUGGGCUACGGAGACUAGUGAGGGUGGUGGCACACAGUGGAGCUACCAAAGAGGAUUAGCAGCCGGCAUCCUGCCAAAGCUAGCAUACGAUCCGGACUUUAGAUGUUCAUCAACAGUCCCGAGCUUCAGCGCAUUGCCUGAAUACUAUUAAGCAAUAUCUGUCAGCUACUCGACCAAGUUGGUGACGGUUGUAGAAAGUAGAUAUAUAUAAAAAUUGAAUGCACAGCGCGAGCGAUUGGUGUAAUUCUACGACGAUAUGAAUGACGUACGCAUAUAGAGGAUUUGACCACAUUUUUGAAACUUCGCGGCAUAAUUCCAGGAAUAUGGAGAGAAUUAAUUGCAUUUGUUUAUGAACAUGACAAUAUAAGCUGGAGCUGUGGAACUAAUGGGCGGAAGCUGUGUUUUGGAGGCAUGUUAUAGAGCCUGCGAGAAAAUCGUUGUGCCAAGGUGUUUACGGAAAAGUUGCAGUAUGGCGUAAUGGGGGUCUCCUAAACAGGGCUAAUUCUCAAAUUAUAUGGUUGUAUAGGAGGAUUUGUACGGUAGCACGAGAGAAUGAAAGUGAUUGAAUGGUGUGAACUGGAACAAUUAUCAGUUGGUAGAAUUAAAU